AUGCUCGCUAACGAGUUCAAGGUUGACAGCUCAAAUGUUGAGAUCAAGGGAGAGGAAAUGAUUACAAAGUAUGAUUACCAUACAUCCCACGUCGUUGCCGGUCCAGAAGGCAUCAAGAUUGUUCCAGAGACAAAGAAAUUAGAAUUCAAGACAGAUCUUCACGUUCCAAAGACCGGUGUUAUGCUUGUCGGCUGGGGUGGCAACAACGGUACAACACUUACAUCCGGCGUUCUCGCUAACAAGAAGAAACUUGUUUGGGAUACAAAGCGUGGUGAGGUCAAGGCUAACUACCAUGGUUCCCUUACACAGUGCGGCACAACAUACCUCGGCCAAGAUGAGAAGGGCACAACAUACGUGGCUCCAUUCAAGGCUUUACUCCCAAUGGUCGAUCCAGAUAAUCUUGUUAUCGGUGGUUGGGAUAUUAACGAUAUGGAUAUCUACCAUGCUGCUAAGCGUGCUCUUGUCAUGGAGCCAGUCAUGCUCAACAUGCUCAAGGACGACCUCGAGAAGAUGAAACCACUUCCAGCCGUCUUCGACUUAGACUUCGUUGCUCCAAACCAGAAGGAACGUGCUAACAACGUCAUCCCAGGCACAAAGUGGGAACAGCUCGAAACAGUCCGUAAGCAGAUGCGCGACUUCAAGGAGCAAAACAAGCUGGAGAAGGUCAUCAUCCUUUGGACAGCCAACACAGAGCGUUACUGCGAUGUUCAGGAAGGCGUCCACAUGACACCAGAACAACUUCUUGAUGCCAUCAAGAACAACCACGCCGAAAUCGCUCCAUCCCAGAUCUACGCCGUUGCCGCUAUCCUCGAGCACAUCCCAUACAUCAAUGGUUCCCCACAGAACACAUUCGUUCCAGGCCUUAUCCAGCUUGCUGAGCGCGAGGGCGUCGCCAUCAUGGGUGAUGACUUCAAGACAGGCCAGACAAAGUUCAAGUCCGUCAUGGCUGACUUCCUCAUCUCAUCUGGUCUCAAGUUAACAGCUGUUGUUUCCUACAACCACCUUGGUAACAACGAUGGCCUUAACCUCGAUUUCGACCUUUGCUUCCGCUCCAAGCAGAUCUCAAAGUCCUCCGUCAUUGAUGAUAUGGUUGGCUACAACCCAAUCCUCUAUCCAAACGGCGAGCACCCAGAUCACGUUGUCGUCAUCAAGUACGUCCCAUCUGUUGGCGACUCAAAGCGUGCUCUCGAUGAAUACGACUCCGACAUCUUCUGUGGUGGCAAGAACAUCAUCUCCGUCCACAACACAUGCGAAGACUCCCUUCUUGCUGCUCCACUUAUGCUCGACCUCAUCCUCCUUAUGGAACUCUUCACACGUGUCCAGCUUAAGGAUGAGACAAUGAAGGAAUUCUCUCACAUGAACUCCGUCUACUCUGUUCUUUCCUUCCUCCUCAAGGCUCCAAGAACACCAACAGGCACACCAGUCAUCAACUCCCUCUUCCAGCAGCGUGCUUGCAUGGAGAACAUCCUCCGUGCUACACGUGGUCUCCAGCCACUUAACAACAUGCACCUCGAAUGGAAGAUGCCAAAGCAAUAA